AUAAAUUCACCUGGCAUCACCUCCCUUGGCUAGAGCUGUCACUUCUUGCCAAAUUCGAAGUGAUGAUGUGUAAUUCUGUGUUUGUUGGAUUCGUUUACUACGGAAAAUUGUAGAAUAUUCGACGUUAAAAGAAUAUGUUUGUACCAUUGUGACUAUAGCAAAUAAGGAUUAAAAAGAGUCAGAAGGAGGAGUAAACAUGUCGGGAUACGAUCCAGGCGGCGGGGCGGGUUCGACUCCGGACUUGACCAGUCUGCAAGAGAACUUCAAUCAGCAGCAGGCCAAGAUAGCUGCGUUGCGCGAAAUGGUCCGCAAGACGGAGAGCGACCAGGGGAAAAAGACGGCCUCGGCGCAGGAAAAGGUCAAGAACAUUGCCCAGCGGUUGACGCAGUACAAAACGAAGGCGACCAAAUCCCGGCUGAGCCGGGCCUCGAGUUCGGAUGUCCAGCACGAACUGAUGGCCACUCGGAUCAACGAGGAGAGUUUCGACAUCACCGGCGAGGAGUACGAAGAGCAGCAGCACAUGUCCCUACCGGUGAUGCCGGUCAGUUCGAUGCCGGUGCGGGCCCGCUCGGAAACGCCCGGAACCGAGAAGAUCAAUCUCCUGAGGCAGCAGAUGGAGGAGAAUCGUCUGAAGAUGGCCGCUCGGGAAAGCCACAAGCGCGAGAUGGAGGAACGGGUGAUCGAGCUGAAGCACAAGCUGGAAAGUACCCAGCAGACGUUGGAGCGAUCGGUGGAGUUUGGCCGGUCGACCGGAGAUUUGACCCUGCUGACGACGAUGACGCCACUGAAGAUGGGUCGGUUCGAGUUUAACAAGUCCACUUCGGAUUUGACACAGCUGGUCGGAUCCGGGGUCAGUUCCAGCUUCGAUGUCGAACGAUUGAACUACCUGGAAGGUCGGGUCAAGGUCUUGGAAGCGGAACUGACCGAUAAGGAGCAAGCUGUAAAGAAGGAUGAAGUUGUUCAAGGGCUGGAGAGGAAAAUCUUGGACCUUGAAGAAGCGCUGAAGGAGAAAGAGUGCAUCAUAGAAGCUCGAACGCAAGCCGUUUCCCUGAUGUCGGAGAAUCUAUCGCUGAAGGGCAAGAAUACAGUCGACUUGCUGGAAGACACCAAGCAAGAGAUGUACCGGAUGCAGAGCAAUUUUGUCCAAGCUGAGUCCAACAUGAAGGCGGAACUGGAUCGUCUACAAGUCGAUUUGGACGAGCGAAAAAACAAGAUCUCCAACCUGGAAGAGAUGAACAACAUUCUGGAGACGGCCCGGUAUGAUCUCACGGUGGAGAACGCCAGCCUCAAGCAAAAGCUGGAAGACGUUCAGGACUUCAGCACCAAGAUCAGCGAGCUGAACAAGCUCAACCAGAGUCUUCAGCACCGGAUCACCGAACUCGAGAGCCAAAAGUACGACUUCAUCACCGACGCCGAAGCCGAGCAGGCCAAGUUCGGCGCGAGCGACGAGAAGUACCAGGAACUGCUCGAUCGCAUCCAGGAACUGGAAGAGGAACUCUCCCGGAAGGCCGCUCCCGAGGAAGACCUCCUGGAAAAGAUCCGCUCCCUCGAAGCGACCAUUCAAGCCCAAAACGAGGAAAUCGAGACCUACAAACAGCAGCAGGCGGAACUCCAGGAAAACCUCCAGGAGAAGACCGUCGAACUGAACGUCCUGAACGCCAACUUCUCCGUUCUCCAGGAAAAGCUUAAAAACGCCGGUCCCAAACCCCUCUUCCCCAAAUCGGCCGAGGAGGAAGCCGAAGUCGAGAACUCCAAGCUCAAACAGCAACUGGACGAAGCCAACAAGAGCAUGAUCAAGUCCAAGCUAAAAAUCAAGCAACUCCAGAAGCAGGUCGACUCCUUCAAGAAAACCUCCGCCGUCCACGAGGAAGUGGUCCGCCUAACGGACGAAGUCCAAACCCUCACCCAGCGCCUGGCCGAGGUCGAAGAAGAAAAGGGCAACCUCCAGCUGCACCUGGUCAACUACGACGGCUCCCUCCCGGAUUCCGAACUCGAGAAGCGUAUCAAAAUUCUGGAAACCACCUGCCACAACCAAACCACGGCCAUCCAACUGCUGGAAGAGCAGAAAAUCGACAUGACCGAGGACCUCAACUCCACCAAAUCCCAACUGGAGAUGAUCCGCGACCAGGUGCGGGACCAAGCCGAUCACCAAUCCCCAGCUGGCGUCACCACAGCAGUCAUCUCCGACCAGAUGUCCUCGAUCGAAACCGAAGAACAGCUAGAAAAGUGCGUCGCCGAACGGGAUCGACUCCAAAACCAGGUGCACCGCCUGGAGGAGGAGCGGACCGAGCUGCAGCAGAAGCUGGAUCGCUACAUGGUCGAGAACUGUGAACUGCUCGAUAAGAUCGAGAAGCUCAGUCUGGAGAAGGUCAGCUCGGCGGAGUCGAUCGAAAUCGUGGAGGGGCUGACAGCGAAGGAGAAGCAGGAGAUCGAGAGCUUCGAGAAGGCUUGCCGGAAGCAGCAACUGGCCGAGCCUCCGGGUGGAGUGGACGAGGUGGACAGAGAUCGCCCUUCAAACGACGAUGAAGACGACGAUGACGACGAUGGACAUUUGCUGCAGGAGCGCCGCGACAACGAGCCGACGACCGGCGGCGACAGCGAAGGCGAAGACCUCAACUCGAGCCUGGUGAAGCUACGCGAGGAGAGCAGCGAGUUGAUGCACAAGAUCGAACUGUUCACCAACGAACGGCGCGAAGUUCUGGAGAAGCUGGAAGCCCUAACAGUGGAAAACCAGGGCCACAUCGAAGAGCUGGAGCAUCUGCGGGAGGAACAUCAGGAUCUUCUGCAGAGGCACGUCGCUCUUGAAGCGACUGAGAAGGAACUGAAGGCUUCGCUUACCAAAGCAGAGCAGGAGAAGGCCGGACUAGUGGAGGAACUGGAAGCGGCGAAGUCGUUGAAGGUCAAGCUAGAAAGUGAAACGAGCAGUCCCAGUUCGACUCAAAGUACGCCUUCGAAGGCGGCGGCAGUGAUCGAUAAGGAUUCCUUCGAACAGGCGCUACGCUCGGUGGACAACGAAGUCGCCAACUACAACAAGAACAAGGACAAGACCAAGAAACUGCAGAUUUCGAAGAAGCUGUCAUCGGAUGCGAAAAACCUGCAAAAGAUGGCGAACAACUUGCUGGAAGAGUACUACAGGAACGUGUCGGAGUGUGAAGCGAUGAAGGCGGAGAUCGAGCAGCUGAAGGAUAAGGUGCAGCGAUUGCCGGCGGUUGAUCGAAGCGAAGAAGUCAACGCGUUGAAGGCGCAAAUUAUGGAGAUGACGCAUGCACAGAUUGAGAAGGUAGAGCAAAUCGAUCAGCUCAGGGAAGAACUGGAGAGAAAGAGCGAGGAAGUUGACGAACUAAAGCAUGAGAUGGAGGCGUUGGCAGAGAAGUCUUCGGACGAAGAACCGGAACUGUUGAAGGUGGAGCUGAAUAGCAGAAACGACGAAAUCAGGGAGCUCAAGAAGGAACUGGAAUCGUUGGGUGUGAGGAAAGCUGGGGAAAUGGAGGAAGCUCAAGCGAAGUUGGUGACAGCAACUAAGGAGAUUAACAUUCUGAAAGAGUUGGUAGCCGAACAGAAGCAACAGCUGAUCGAGACGUAUCAAGAACAUGAGAACGAGAUAGCGGGCAAACUGAAGGAGAUCCAAGGCUACGAAAAUCAAGCACAGCAGAUGGCGGAUCAACUGGCCGGGUUGAACCGGGAGCUACUUGAAGUGAGUGAGAAGUAUUCGAAGGACAUGCAGCAGCAACUGGAUGAGCUGAAAUCGUUGACGCAGAAACAAUCCGAUGAAAUCGAGCACAAGCAGGAAACCAUCGAUGCACUCAACAACCAAAUUAUCGAGCUGUACAAGACGAUGGAAGAUAAUGCAAACAAAAUCAUUGAGAAGGAAGACGAAGUCCAGUACCUUCAGGAACUUCUAGAAUCGAAGAAGGAUGAGAUCCAAAUGCAGUACGAGAAGCUUACAAUGGCCAAUAAAACGAUAGAAGACAUGCGAUCUAAAUUAGAGGAAGCACUCUCAAUGCCAGCUCCAGUUGUGGACGAAACCCAGCUUAAUGAGCUCAAAGAGAAGAAUCAAAAUCUAGAUGUCAAAAAUAAGGAACUACUAGAGAAACUAAAGAAGUUUGCAGCCAACCUCAAGAAGAAGAAUAGCCAAUGUCAAGAACUGGAAGAAAAACUUACCGCUCAUCAGCAAGAGCUGGAAGAGUUGAGAAAGUCAGGAUCGGCGGGAUUAUCCGCUGAAGAUCUCAAGGAAGAGAACGAACAGCUGUCGCAAAAGAUGCACCAUCUGAACAACGAGCUGCACAAGUUGCUUCAGCUCAAGUACAAUUUGGAAACGGACAAACAGGCGGCUCAGCAUGAAUCUACGGAGCUGAAGAAACGACUACAAUCUGUGGAAAAUCAGCUGAAGGAGAUGGAAGGGAAGCAGCAGGAAACGGAUAAUCGACUGGCUGAGCUGCAGAAGGAAUUGGAGGCGGUUCGGGCCGACGACGCGUCGAAGAAUGUGAAAAUCGAAAAGUGCAAGGCAAUCAUCAAGGAGAAGAACAAAGAGAUCCAACGGUUGCAAGAGCAUGAGAGGAAGACGUCCUACCUUCAGGACGAGAUCAAGAUGGCGCAGAGCAAGCUGGAGGACUUCCACAAUCAGACAAUGCUGAUCGGAAGGCUGAAGGCGGACAAGGAGGAGCUGAACGCGGAGAUGAAGAUUCAGGUCGAACGGUGUCAGUCGCUGGAAGAGGAAGUAUGCCAAGGAGCGGAGAAAUUGCGUAAGUUGGAGGUGGAUUUGGAGAUCAGCGAAGACGAGAACAAGAAACUUAAGAAUAAGAUUGUCAAGCUGGAACAAGGAAUAUCGUUAGUGGAAGAACGAAGAAAUUCACUGGAGCGGCAGAAGAAGCUGCUGGGCGCGAAACUGGAUGAAAAGCAGCAGGAAUUCAUGCAGCAUGAAGAUGAGCUGAUGCAGCGUCUGGCGAAUCUGUCACAGCACGAUGAAGCAGUUGAAGGCAAGCUGAAGGAGAAGGAAGAGGAACUUCUGGAGCUGGGAAGCAAACUUCGGGACGUGGAAUACCAGAAGGAUCAGCUUCAGUCAAAGCUAAAUCAACUGGAGUCGCAGCUGAACGCGUUCGAAGAAAAUUCCAAGCGCGCAUCCGAGCUGGAGAACGAGAACUACAAUCUAUCACAGGAGGUAGCGGCGCUUCAAGCGGAAGUCAAACGAGUGGUGUCUGAAUCAGAAGCCAAGGUUUUGGAGAAAGACUCCGAGAUCGAUCAGCUAGAGUACGAACUAACCAACCAACUGUCGAAGAUCGAGGAUGAGCGUAAGCAGCUACAGGAGAACCUAGAGCGCACACGAGAUCGCAAUUCGGACUUGCAGGACGAAGUGGUCCGUUUACAGGAGAACGGAAACUCGCUGGAGCAACAGCGAUCGGAUUUGGAGAAGGAGACUACGUGGUUGAAGAUGCAGAAUGAGAGUCUCAAUCAGGACAGCACCGAACUGCAGGAACUGCGCAUGCAGAUAGUGCAAGACCAGACAGAGUUGGAGAAUUUGAGGGCACAAUGCGACACCCUGGCGCAGAACCAUCAGUUCGAAAUCAAUGCUCUGAAGCAGCAGAUCGCCGAUAUGGAAGCUAUACGAACGCAGUUGAGUCAGAAUCAGACCGACGAUCAAGUGUCUGUACAGAACGAGAUGGCGAAGCUGAAGGAACGACUCGACAAGAAGGAAGCUGAAGUCGCUCAACUGCAGCAGAAGAUUCUUCAACUUCAGAUGGCUGCCAGCGGCCCGGUGGACGAUCCUUUCUCGAGCUUGCAGGCAAGUGCAGAAAGAUCAACGUCCGCUUUGGAAGAGAGAAUUCGAGACUUGGAAAAUGACGCCACUUGGAAGGAUUCGAGGAUACAAGAGCUGCAGAUCGAGAAGGAUUUGGCUGAUGGAAGUCUCGAGGAGUUGAGAAAGCAGCUGCAAUUACUUCAACAAACCGUGCAGAACAGUGAAGCUUUGGAAACACAACUGGCGCAGAAAAGCUCUGAACUCGAACAGAUGAGCAGGCAAUUGUUCCAAACAGUUCCGGUCCAGAAACCGGUUCAAGAGAUUGAAGCUGUUCCUAAGUUCAGCACAUCACAAUUCUUUGGCGCUCCAAGCGAGUCUAGUGCUGUGACAUUGUUCGACACGGCCGGCGAUAACUGGGGUUGGGACGAACCUGUCCCUGCACCGCAAGUACUUCCACAGCAAGAAACCUUAUCCGUUGUUCAGGAUUCCAACGAGCUUCAGGCUCUUCGCAACGAAAUUGAAGAUCUGAAAUCACGGAACGAAGCUGCUUCUCGGGAAAUCCGGGAGUUGCAAGGCAAGUUGGCGUCGUUCGCGGAUCGUGAAAGUGAAUUCAGUCAAGUGAAAGACGAGGUCGAUGUUUUGCGAGCGCAGAACGCCACCUUGAAUCAAGAAGUAACGGAAAAAGCAACGAGACUGAAGGAAGUAGCGCAGUCGCUACUAGAAGAGCAGGUUAAGCUCAGUCAAUUGGAAGAACAGCUGCACAACAAAGAAACAGCAGUCGCAGCACCUUCCGUUUCGUCAUUUUUCGCAGAUUCGUCUUCUCAAGGUCCGGUAUUCGAGGAUCUGAUCGUUCCGAAAAAGGCCUAUUUAUGUACGCCUAGUGCAUCGGAAGACCAUGAAGAAUGGUCAGUGGAAGAACCUGCUGUAGUGUCCACGGCGGCAACCUCUCAGCAUGCCGUUGGCUUCGUGAACAAAGUGGAUGAUCGGGAGUUGGAGAACCUCCGUGAGCAAAGCGACCUACAGCUCAAGCAACUUCGCGAGCAAGACGAGAAGUUGCACGAAGCAGUUCAGCAGUACGCCAAGGCACAAUCAACGGCGGAGCAACUGCAACUGAAUCUAAGCCAACUUCAGCAACGUUACGCUGAGUUGGAAGCUCAUCUACAUUCCGUAACGGCCUCGCAUCAGUCCGAAAUUGAAAGCAAAAUGGCCGCUCUGGCCGAAAAAACUGAUGAAUUCCUUCAGCUGAAGGAUGAAAUCGAUAUCCUGCGUGCGCAGAAUGCUUCACUGAGCUACGAACUCGAUGAAGCAAACAGCAAGCUUAAGAACGUGGCGCAGACGUUACAGGAGGAACAGCUGAAGGUCUGUCAGUUGGAAGAACAGCUGCACAAUAAGGAAUCCGCCGUUGUUACACCUUCGGUAUCCUCGUUUUUCGCCGAUUCAAGUUCCCAUGGACCAGUAUUCGAAGAUCUGGUCGUACCAAAAAAGGCCUACCUGUGCACUCCAAGCGCUUCAGAAGAUCAGGAAGAUUGGUCUGUGGAGAAGCCGAUGGUGGCCACAACGACGGCAACUUCGCAACGUUCUGCUGGAGUAAUAGAAAGCCUUGAUCAAAGUGAAUUGCUGAAUCUGCGUCAACAAAAUGAACAGCAGAUGAAGCAACUGUGUGAACAAACCGAAAAACAUUCCGAAAUACAGGCAACUGUAGAGCAAUUAAAGCAAGAGCUGAGCCAACUACAAGAACGCAAUGCCCAGCUGGAAGUUCAGCUGAACACUGUCCUAGCGUCACACCAAACCGAGGUAGAAGCUUUGCGCAAUCAACAAAACGAAUUCAACAGCCAAAGCCAAGAGGAGCAGAAGAAGCUGAAAGACGAACUGAAUCAGCUGACACAGCGGAAUCAAUCUCUUGAACAAGACCGCGACGCCUACCUACAACUUCAGGACGAACUUGACAUCCUCAAAGCGCAGAACGCUUCGCUUAGACAAGAGGUCGACGAGAAGGCCGAUCGCAUCAAGCGGGUUUGUCACACGCUGACCGAACAGGAAACGCGAGUCGCCGAUCUGGAGGAACAACUAGCCAGCCGAGAGCAGCACCCGCCUUCGACCGCUGCUUUCUUUGAUGGUCUGCACGGGCAACAUCCUCCAGCCGCAGGCGUUUUUGAAGAAAUCAUCACACCUAAGAAAGCGUUCGAGGUGGAACCGUCUUCGUCCGCCAUCCAACUGGAGGACGACUGCUGGGGAGCCGAGGAAGCUGCACUGGAAGAGAAACAUCAGCAAACUUCGAGUGUCGCACUGGAACGUCGCAUCAGCGAAAAGGACGACUACAUUCGACAGCUGGAGAUGGAAAAGGAGCGACUGUUGCAGGAGAUUGUCGAACUGAAGGUGAAAUCGGGAAAACUUCUGAAGAAGCUCAAGGAGUACAAGACCAAGAGCGAGAGCUUGCAACGGCGAUCGGCUUCGAUGGAAACCAGUGAAUUGGAUCUGGCCAUUCAGGAGGAACUCAACACACAAAUCAAGACGCUGGAAGGAAAGUUGAGCGAAGUUCAAACUGAACGCGAGAAGGAAGCACUGGAGAAAGAUUCACUUCUGAAGAGGAUCGACGUUUUGGUAGCCGCUAACGAACGGUUUACCGAAAUGAAGGAACGACAAGACAUCCAGAUGGAAAUCCAAGUGGCCAAGAUCAAGGAGCUAAACACGAAGCUCCAGCAGCUGGAAGAUUGGGGCGAUGAAAGUGAACAGAAAGAGAGCAAAGUGGCGGAACAAGUUCAAUCACAAUCUGAAGCAGGUCCCACGAAUGUCCGAGUACAAGAGCUAGAGAGAGAAGUUCAAGACCUUAAGGUAGAUAACGAGGAACUCCAAGCGUUGCUAGACGAAGAGAAAGCCAACGUCGAAAUUCUGGAAAAGCGAGUGCAGCAAAAGGAUCGGGAAAUUCAGGAGCUCAUCGAGAAAAUCGACCUACUCUCGCAGGAUUCUCAAACCAUUAAGACCAACCUGGAGAGCUUGAAUCAACAGAAGUCACAAGAAACUGAGGAUUUGAGCACACGUCUGAAGCAACUGAUGAGCAAGAACACCGAAUUGACGCAACAGAUCGAGAAGAUGCGUACUGAAAGCUUGUUCCAAUCAACAGACCAUGAGGCAAAGCUUCAGGAACAACUGCAGCAGCUGAGUGCGCAGCUGCAGUACAAGGAAGCGGAGAUUGUCCAUCUAAGCGAGCGAAUCGAGCAGCAAGCAAAGGAAGAUCAAACCCAAUCACUGGUUCAAGAAAUCCUCGUGAAGAAUCAAGAGAUCUCAGCGUUAAAGUCUCGAGUGCAACAGCUACAAGCUGAUCGCCAAGAGAUGGAACAUAACCUUACACUUCAGAUCACCAAGGAACUUGCAUCCAGCAGACCAGAAGAGAAAAACCAUCCGCGGACCGCGGAGCUGGAGAAGCUUAAUCGAGAGUUACAGGAAGAGAAGCAACAAAUGGAGCAGGAGCUCCAAGUUCUGAAUGAUCAGGUGUUGCGAAGUUUAGAACUGGAAGAUCGUAUGAAGAGCACGGUCCUGGAGCUUGAUGCGAAGAAUAUUGAAAUUGAAGCCUUGAAAACGUCGUUGGAGUUGUUGAAGCAAGCAAGCGAAGCAAGUGGCGAAAGCGCAAGCAGUUCUGAGCAGUCUACACCUACGGCAGCGAAGAGUGAAGAAGAGCUUCGAAAACAGAUCAAGAAGCUAAGUAGAGAGCGUAGCGAGUUGGAGGCAAACUACCGGAUAACGCUUGAGCAAAGGGACGCACACUGGUCGCACGUUGUUGAGGAGCGAGGUGCGCAAGUGGCCGAGAGCUGGAAGCAACAUGUGGACAUGCGAGAAGCAGAGUUUUCCGUAAUUGAGAAGAGCUUGCGGGAAGAAAUCGAACGGUUACAGGGAGACGGUGGCAGCUCAACGCCAAGCAGUUCGGAACAACCGGCAGCAAUGCAGAACAUGAAGGCAGCUCUAGAAGCGCAGGAACUGGAAAUCGUGACGCUGAAGGAGCAACUGGCGAUCCGAAGUGCCGAGUAUGCACGCUUGGCUGCGCAAGUGGAUCCGUUCGCGGUGAAGCAUGCCAGCAAUAUGGUAACCAGUGAGCCAAGGCCUCAACAAGCGGCGCAGGAUGGCGACAAGGUUCCGCGAUCGGAGCUCGAGCUGGCGCUCUACAUGAUCUACCAGCGGGAUAUGCGAUGUGAGGAGUUGGAACUGGAGUUGCGCAAUCUGCUGACGGAGCGGGACUCUUUGCAGUUGAGGCUGUCGAAUGCCUUGAGGCAGCACGAGGAGUUCAAGCGGAAGCUGACCACGGCACCUGGAGAGCCAUCCGGCGAUUCGGCCAGUGACGUAUCGAAAACGACAACCCCGGAAAAGUCCCUACAGCAGAUCGUCCAGGAGUCGGGCAUCAGUGCCGCAACGACAGGAACACCAGCGACCAUCCAGGUUAGCCAGGUGUCGGACCUGAGCAGCAAGCUGUCGGAGUUGCACGCAAUCGAUCACGGACGGGACAAGCGCGUGCAAGAGGAACGGGAAGAGCGCCACCGGCAGAUGACGCUGAUACAGCGUGAUCUGGCCAACAUGCCCCUGGAGGCGGCAGCCAAAAUUGCCGGAACCAACAUCUCUCAAACCGAAUCGUCGCCUCAGCAACCACAAAGCGCCUCAUCCGUACUGAUCAACUGGAUACUGGGUAAGAAAUCCGAUUCCUAAACUCGUUCUGGUCGAUCUCAAGAUGAUUCCUAGCACCAGCCUACAUUUGGGGGUGUGGUUCAAAUAGCUCUAAGUCACUGCGCCAUAUUUCAAAAUGCGUGGCAGUAUAUAGUAGAAACCGAUUUUAAACCAGCACAGACACACUAUUGGAAAAUAUGCCAAUCCAAGCCGGUACAAGAACAGUUACACAUUAUUAUUCCGUAAUAGCGAACGAAUGACCGAUAAUAACCGACGACGUCGACAAGGACGAUGACCCCGAACGAAGUUCGGUGAAGCACUUUUUCCGCAUUUGGCAGAAAUUUCUUCACCCCUCCUUAUUGAUUUGCUCUUUUGGAAGGAAGAAUCAUAUUAGGUACGAUUUUUGCUUUAUUAUGGUUUUAUGAGAGUCUUUGAAUUAAAUCUAAGCGCAUAAAGCCAUAGUAAAUCUUAAAUUUUGAGAACGUUCAUAGUUUUGCGCCAAAUGUGAUACUCUCCUUCCUGAACCGAAGUGUGAAUUCUAAACUCGCCCCGAUCCUCGUUACUCCCGUUUCCCAAACAUUGAUUUCUGUCUUCGACGAUCGUCUUAAGACUGGUGGCAAGGAGAUCGGUUGUUGCAGAGUGUGACCACAUUCUCACGCGUACACGCACUGAAAACGAUGCAGGGAUGAAUUUGUUUGUGUAUUUCUCUAUUGGAACCGAGUGGAGGAUGAUGAUGAUAGUCGAGUCAUUAGAUAGUGGAAUUAUUAGUACUUUCUUUUCAAACUUUUGUGUUAUCAAUGUUCAACCCAAGCAAAGUUAGUUUGUUUUGUUUUUCUGUUGUAAAAAAUGCAUUUGUCUAAUCUAAUAAUAUAUAUACUGAGAUCAAAUUCAUCACCCUUUAAUUUCUGUACAUAAAGAAGUUAACCAAACUAUCGCACCUUAACCUGGUUUUGUGAUUGUUUUAUAGGCAAAUUGCCACCAAAAAACCAAACUCUAAAUCGUAGAAAUUCGAUGUGUAUGUAUUAUUGGUCAGGAAUGAUGGAAGAUAGAAAAUUAAAACCAGAUUGUCUGAAAUGUUACAAA